CAAGCAAUGGUGGCCAAACAACGGAUCCGGAUGGCUAACAAGAAGCACAGCAAAAACAUCACACAGAGAGGGAACGUAGCCAAAACCCUGAGACCACAAGAAGAGAAAUACCCUGUGGGCCCGUGGCUGCUGGCACUGUUUGUUUUUGUUGUCUGUGGAUCAGUUGUAGUAUAUGUGCUGCCGAAGUGA